CAUCAACAGUCGCGAGGUAAACACCGUAGAGAACGGGUUCUUUCAAUUUGUAUGUCGCGCAAUCCUAGAUAUUCGAAUUUCGGUCAAAAAAUGGAUAGAGUAAAAGUUCGAAAAAGUGCCUGAAAGACUUAUUAGUUUUACAUGACGCAAUCUGUGAUAUUUUUCUCCUUGAUUAUUACUUUCGUUUUCUGAAAUAUUAUUUAGUAAAGAGUUUGACAAAAAUCUCAGCAAAAUGGGAGUAGAAAAACAAAAAAAGAAAAUUCCUUACCCCAAAUCUGUAUUUUUUAUUGUAAGCAAUGAAUUCUGCGAAAGAUUCUCUUACUAUGGCAUGCGAACAAUUCUCAUCUUAUAUCUCACAAAAAUCCUCCUCUACACCGAAGCAGAUGCCAAAAUCGUCUACCACGCCUUCACAAUGUUCGUCUACUUCUUCCCAGUGUUUGGUGCUAUUCUUUCAGACAGUUGGUUGGGCAAAUUCCGUACAAUCCUCUACGUAUCCAUGAUAUACGCUGCAGGUAGUGUAUUAUUAGCUCUAACAUCAGUUGGACCACUACAAAUACCCCAAAAAGAGUUUACAAUAUUUGGGCUGCUCCUCAUAGCCAUCGGUACUGGAGGAAUUAAACCAUGUGUAUCUGCCUUUGGAGGAGAUCAAUUUAUAUUACCCCAGCAAGAAUUACAACUGGCCACCUUCUUCUCCUUGUUCUACUUCUCUAUAAAUGCUGGAAGUUUAAUUUCAACAUUCCUAACUCCGAUUUUGAGAAACGAUGUCCACUGCUUCGGUUUGGACAGUUGCUACCCUUUGGCUUUUGCAGUUCCUGGAGGUCUGAUGAUUGUAUCAAUCGUCAUAUUUGGACUUGGAAAACCACUGUACAAAAUCAAACAACCCAAAGGCAACAUUAUAGUUCAAGUAGUCAAAUGCAUAUCGUAUGCUGUUACUCACAGGAAAGGAUCAAAAGUGGAACACUGGCUAGACAGAUCCAAACCCGCGUUCGGGGCAGAACUAGUCAACGAUGUCAAGUGUUUGCUCAAGGUUUUGGUACUGUACAUUCCACUGCCGAUUUUUUGGGCUCUGUACGAUCAACAAGGUUCUGGGUGGACCUUCCAAGCAGUCAGAAUGGACGGAGAUAUCGGAUUUUAUACCAUUCUGCCUGACCAAAUGCAGGUGGUCAAUCCUCUUCUUAUUUUGGCUUUUAUUCCUUUGUUCACUUAUGGAGUGUACCCUUUGUUGGCCAAGUGCAACCUGUUGAAGACGCCACUGCAAAGGAUGUGCUGCGGUGGUUUUCUCGCCGCAGUUGCCUUUGCCGUGUCAGCUAUAAUUUCCAUUAAUUUGGAAAGUACUUACCCGGUACUGCCCAGCGCUGGACAAGCCCAGGUUCGGAUAUACGACACUACCAGUUGUGCUUACAGCUUCACCAGCAAUUACGGUAUCGACUUAAAUGGGGACAUCAGUAAUGGAUACUAUGAAAAUAAGGAUAUCCAGAUUUCGGGAACUCAGAAUAUUAUUUUCACCUUCACAAAAUCCGGAACCUGCGAUGAUGCUUCUCCAGAACCGCUUUCUAUUGAUAUGGACGAAAAGGGGACUUAUGGAAUAUUUUUGAACCAAUCAGGAGCGUACAGUUUUACAGACAAUAUCGAAAAAAGUGACGAUGGAUACCCGAAACUAAGAGUUCUAUCAUACCUGGCGAGAAAUAUUACCCUACAACACACUAAAAAAACAUCAUACAGUGUUGAAGUAAAUCCCGGAAACACUACUUUGUAUAGUAUGCCAUAUCCUGGAACAUACCGUGAUGUUAAUUCUGAAAAUUCUUUUGAAGUCACUGUUAAAUUGGGAGGAACAUACAGUGCCUUAUUCAAAACGAGUUCAGUCCAACUGAUCACAGUCACUCAGCCAAACAGCGUUCACAUGUUGUGGUUGCUGCCUCAGUAUUUCAUUAUCACGGCAGCAGAAAUUAUGUUUUCCAUCACCGGUUUGGAGUUUUCAUAUUCACAAGCGCCCAGCACUAUGAAAUCAGUGUUAACAGCUGCUUUUCUCCUAACAACAGCCUUUGGAAACCUGAUUAUUGUUCUUAUAGAAUCAGCGAAGAUUUUCGAAGACCAGUCUAAAGAUUUCUUCCUCUAUACCGGACUGAUGUUGGUGGAUAUGUUACUGUUUAUGUGGCUGGCAAUCAGGUACAAGUACGUGCAAAACGAAGAUUCCAGCGAAGAUGAAGAAUUAGACGAAAAAGAAACGAUAACCAACGGCAUAGACAACCCGGCCUUCAAACAGUGAUCUUUUUUGUGAAAGUGCGUUAAUUUUUUUGCGGAAAAUAAAUAAAGGUCUAGCAACUUUCGUUGAAUGUGAUUAGAAUUUAAAAGUAUUGUUUCUAUACUUAAAAUGUUGGAUAUGUAAAAUAAAGACUGUUUCUUUUUCCUUCGCAGAGAAACCAAUAUCAUGGGAGAAAAUCUUAUAGCAUUAAGAAAACAUUCCUUUUUAUGUACAUACAAUAUAUAUUAAUAAUAAAUUAUUUUUCUAACAG